UCUGAAAUUAUGUCAGGAAGAGGCAAGGGCGGAAAGGGACUCGGCAAAGGAGGCGCUAAGCGCCACCGUAAAGUGCUCCGUGAUAACAUCCAGGGCAUCACCAAGCCCGCCAUCCGCCGUCUGGCUCGCCGCGGCGGAGUAAAGCGCAUCUCCGGUCUGAUCUACGAGGAGACUCGCGGUGUGCUGAAGGUGUUCCUUGAGAACGUGAUCCGUGAUGCCGUCACCUACACCGAGCACGCCAAGAGGAAGACAGUGACCGCCAUGGAUGUGGUGUACGCUCUGAAGAGGCAGGGCCGCACCCUGUACGGCUUCGGGGGAUUGAGCUGCAGUGUCACGUGUAUACAUUCGACCAAUCAGCGUCGUUGCCGCGCCUGCUCUGCCUAUAUAGGAGACACAGACAAGUCAACGGCAUUACUACUUUUCCAACAGAGAAGCAGACCCUCUCUAACCAUGGCAAGAACCAAGCAGACCGCCCGUAAAUCCACCGGAGGAAAGGCUCCCAGGAAGCAGCUGGCCACCAAGGCUGCCCGUAAGAGCGCCCCGGCCACCGGCGGCGUGAAGAAGCCUCACCGUUACAGGCCCGGUACCGUGGCUCUGAGGGAGAUCCGCCGCUACCAGAAGUCCACCGAGCUGCUGAUCCGCAAGCUGCCCUUCCAGCGCCUGGUGAGGGAGAUCGCUCAGGACUUCAAGACCGACUUGCGCUUCCAGAGCUCCGCCGUCAUGGCUCUGCAGGAGUCCAGCGAGGCCUACCUGGUCGGCCUGUUCGAGGACACCAACCUGUGCGCCAUCCACGCCAAGAGGGUCACCAUCAUGCCCAAGGACAUCCAGCUGGCCCGCCGUAUCCGCGGAGAGAGGGCUUAAACUGACCUGAGACCAGAACACUGAAACACAACGGCUCUUUUAAGAGCCACACACACACACUUACAGAGCAACACGUCCUGAAACACAUGUGUUAUAUUACUUUAUAAACAAUUUGUACCCCGUUGAUUAUUAAGGCACGGUCCAUAAUAACACAUUAAACUCAUACGAUGAUGAUCCAUAUUGCUACUACCACUUGGUUGUAAUGCAGGCUCUCAUUUAUGGCUAGACACUGACAUCUAGUGUUUUUUUAGAUAAAGUCCAUACAAACAACUAAUUCAAUAUAUAAUUUUGGUCUGUAAACAUGUUAAUAUAAUUAGUCCUGAGAUAUAUUU